AUUCAUUGAUUCACCCCAUGAAUGAUGGACCUUCUGCUUCUGCUUCUGAUGCUGCUUUUGUCCCAUCCAGUCUCUGGGAAGCUGAGAAUGAAAUGCCCGCUGAGUUCUGAGAACCAGGAUGGAAAACAACCAAAGAGCUACUACAGACCAGGAGACCAUCUAAUCAGUAUAGUCACCAGUGGAAGGAAAAGAUUACAUACAAAGUUGCUUUUCAAUGUGGCUCCUUCUCUUCAGUUUGUUUUCCAUGAUCCGACUUUUUAUGAAUUUUUGUAUUGCUUAAUAUUAAUUUUCAACAUUCAACUGGCCAACAAGAAUUCCCAUCUCUUGCACAAUCUCACACUUGGCUACAACAUCCAUAACAACUAUUUGAGCACUUUCCACACUUCAGAUGCCUUGCUGGACAUGCUCUCCACUGGAGAAGCCAAUGUCCCCAACUACAGCUGUGGAAGGAAGGAGAACCUCCUGGCUCUUCUUGAUGGAGCUAGAAGGGGCAUCUCCAUCCAGAUGUCAACAUUAGGAGGCACCUACAAAAUCCCACAGAUCAGUCAUAAAAUUGUUUCAGAGGCUCUGAGUGAUAAAAGGAAAUUCCCCUUUUUCCACCGGAUGAAUCCCAAAGAAGGAUUCCAGUACCCAGCAAUUGUCCAACUGCUCCUCCAUUUCAGAUGGACCCUGAUUGGCCUCUUUGCUUCAGACACAGAGAAGGGAGAGAAUUUCAUGAGGAUUUUUCCUCCUAUGCUUGUCAGGAGUGGAAUUUGUGUUGUUAUAUCACAACUAUUCUCAACAACUGGAUACACAACAGUAUCCCUGAGGAAGCCCCUCUCUGAGUGGAGACAAGUCAACGUCUUUGUUCACUUCAUAGAAAAUGUUUCCAUUUGGGAGAGAAUUCUUCCUUUCCAUGAAACAUUUAUGCGUCUGCCAGGACCCAUUGAAGGGAAAGUCUGGAUCCUCACAAAUUUUUUUGGGUAUACAAUGAACAAGCGUAGACUUCUCAAAUACAUCCAUAGUAUUUGGAACUUUGGUUAUCUGGGGAAAAAAAGGCCAAAAGAUUCUGCCUUUGAACCCCAUUUCUUUGUGGAAGAAAAGUUUCAAGAUCCUUAUUUUCUCUGUUCUCUUUCAAAGAACGUCUUUUCUGUCAAAGGCCGCAGAAGAUGCACCCAGAAAGCCCCACUGGAGACCCAGGAGAAAAGGAACAGAAAAAGGAUCCCAAAUCACUACCAUGAUUACAGUUUCAUGAAGACUCUGGCCCAGGCCUUGAAUGCCGCUUAUUCCUCCAGAUCGAGGAAGAGAAGGAAGGAGGGAGAAAAGACUUUGGGGUCUCCAAGGCUGCAGCCGUGGCAGUUUCAUCCCUUUCUGGAGAAGAAUGAAUUUUGGAAUAUUUCCAGCAUUAAACUGUACUUGGACCAAAAUGGAGAGAUAACAGCAGAUCUGGGCAUUAAAAUUUUCUUGGUUCUCCCCAAGGAGGAUGUCAGGAGAGAGAUUCUGGCGUAUUUUGAAAGACAGAGAUUUACUAUCCACCAAGAUGCUCUUUCACGGCUAAAGUUGCUUAAUAAGUCUCUGCCUCAGUCCAAAUGUGUGGAAAGUUGUCAUCCUGGAUUUGUCAAGAGGGCUCGAGAAGGAGAGCCAGUUUGCUGCUAUGACUGCGUUCCUUGUCCGGAGGGCACCUUCUCCACUCAGGAAGGUGGGUCACACUGAGGAAAAUGGAAGGCUUUGUGGAACUGGAUCCAUCCAGAACCUUUUCAUGAAAGUGCAAGUUAAAAGACAGAUUGAAG